CCUCUCACUGUCCUAAACCCUAAACACAACCAUGAAGAACACCACCAUCAUUCUCCUUCUCUUCUUCUUCUUCAUCACUCUCAUUAAUAUCCCAUCUCCAUCUUCCUCUCAAUCCUGCAAACCUUUCUGUGGCCCUCUCCCUCUCCACUUCCCUUUCGGCUCCGGCCCCGGCUGCGGUCACCCUUCCUUCAACCCUCACAUCACCUGCAACCCUUCUCAACAAUCCCUUCUCUUCACCACCUUUUCAGGCACCUACCCUAUCACCUCCAUUGACUACACCAACCACCUUCUUUUUAUCCAAGACCCUUCAAUGUCCACAUGCUCCACCUCCUGCUCCUCCCCUGGCUUCUCCCUCAACUCCAAUGCACCCUUCUCCUUCUCUGACUUUUCCUUCUUUGCCCUUCUCUCCUGCUCUUCCUCCUCCUCCAUCAUCACCACCACCACUACUCUCUGUGACAACUCUCCCAUUUGCACCUUACUUUCAUCUUGUCCUUCUUUGUCAUCCUCCUCACCUUCUUCCUGCUGUGUUUACACUCCUGUCACUCUUGGCCCUGCUUUUCAAAUGAACCUUAAGUCUAUGAAUUGUAAUUCAUACACAGCAGUUUAUAGCUUCAAUGGUGAUGAGACUAAUCCAGUAAUUUGGAAGUAUGGUAUUGUUCUCAAGUAUAAGUUCAGUGUUGAUGAUGCUUAUCCUUCUUCAUGUGAUUCUUGUGAGCAAAGUGGUGGUGUUUGUGGUUUUACUAUUACCGGAGAUUCUUCUUCUUCGUCUUCUUCUUCAUCGUCUUCGUCGUCUUAUCGGUUUUCUUGUAACUGUAAUGGUGAUAUGAAUACAACUACCAAUUGUCACUUCCCUUCUUGGAGUCAUGCAGUUAUCUUCUCUUCUCCUUCUUCUUGGACAGGAUUAAUGUGUUGGAUCUUAUCUUUGGUUUGGAUGUUUAUAAUAAGAUUUUAUUAGUUCAUCAACAAGAGGGAAAUUAAGCUUGUGUGUGUGUGCGUGUGUGUUUUAGAAGGUAUGUUCAAUUUAAUUUUUAAUGUGGUUAGUGAUGAGGGGAUAAUUAAUGUAUUAGUUUAUGGAGGAAUAUUGGAAUAAUAGUGUUGAUUAAUGUGAAAUAAAGUUAAGGUUCUUCUUCCA